AUGCUAGCUACCAAGCUCGAAAAUCUUCCUCCAGAGGUGUUGACUGCGAUCUGUACAUCACUCGGAGACGACCAAGCGGGACUCUUGUCGAUCUCUCAGGCUUCCAAAUAUCUGCGGGCUAUUUCAGCCCCCAUCAUAUUCAAACAUAUCACCGUCACGACAAGCACGGGGAGACGUCGACCUCGAAGAUCUAGCCCUCGUCCAACUCGCGAUACCCGAGCGAACUUACUGCGCACCAUAGUCACCAAACCAACAAUCGCCGCGCAUGUCUCUAGUGUCCAUUGUCCAUCAUCACGGGGCGCCGUGCCUGCCAUCAACGAGGAAGACAUGGAUUUCAUCCUUCAGACAGCCUCCAAAUUUGACGUCCCGGUUCCGGAACUACUCCGCCUCGGCGGUGCUCACCCUUCUCUCGAGGGUAGGCGGGGUUGGGCCCUUAGUGACGACGAUAUGCAGCGGCUCGUCACUGUGCGUGCGUUCUUCGCAGAACUCAUCAUCGCACAUACGCCCAACAUCCUCACACUCGACUAUAGUAUAGGCCGCUAUCGGAAUGCCUUCCAAGUGUUAAUGACGAUUCAAGACUCGUCCUCGUUCCACCGCCAGCCCAUGUUCCCUUUGUUGAAAAACGUCCACCUGCGGCUAUUCGGGCCCGGCACCUUUCUACGGCCACUGAGUGAGAUGGCUCCCAAUCUUCAAACCCUCCGUAUACAGGGCGUAACGGCACCGAUGGAAGGCUGGCACUUUGAAAAGGUCAAGGAUCUCCGACUUAGCUCAUCAAACUUCACGGGCUCAGAGCUCAGGGGCAUCUUGACAGGGUGUCCCGCUUUAACUAACUUUGACUUGACAGUGUGUGCUUGUGGGAAGACGCAGUUGAGGGAUCGGCCGGCGAGGAUCAAGGAAAUGGGACGGAACAAAUAUUCGUCAAUCUUCUACCAAGAGCCGUAA